AUGUCUAUGGAGUCAAGCGUUAUUGAGCACAUGGAGAUGGACGAGGACGAUUCUUUUGCGUUUUGUGAAGGUGAUGGGGCUUUUCAUUCGGCUUUUGAAGACGAUUUUGAGCAAACUCUUGCUAUGCUUGAUAUGGACGUUGAGGAAGUGAUGAUCGGGGUUGAAAAUUCUCAUGAAGAGGUGAGUUAAAAUAUCAAAAACAAAGUAAGCCAUGCCUUUUCAAUAACCGAACUUAUAAUCAAACUUAAAUCUUCAUCUCUAGGUCGAAGGAAAUAAGCAAUUCCCUUGCGAGUUUUGCGAGAAAAUUUGCAAGUCGAAGGGUGGUCGAACCAAGCAUCAACGAAGUAAACACAUGGCCGAAUUGGAAGAAAGUUCAACUUCGUCUUCUACCAGAGACGUCGUAAUUACGAUGGAUAAAACGAGGGAUAUCAUCCGAGAUAUUGGUCGUUACUUAACGGACGAGAAGCUUUACAAGCCAGAGCAAGCUGCAGAGGUUUUUAAGCUGGAACCAAGUGAGACCUUUGUGAAAUUUUUGAACGACCUCCUUCUGAAGCUCAAAAGAAAGAAAAGCAAAGACAAGUUUCUGAAGGAGUUUUAUGGCAACACAAACGCUAAUUGGCAUGAGUAUUUCCAUCCUUAUCCGGACAAGAAGAUGGUGUUUUUAAUGCUCAUUCAUCUCCCAGAGCGUUUGUUGAUAUGCAUUGAGCAAGACAAGGGACCAUCUGACUCUGAGGUAAUUGUUUUCUGACAUAGCCAGUUUUAUAUUUAUCACAAAGCCUUGGUUGAUGAGUAUACACACACACCUAUAAAAAAGUACAAAGCUUCUCGAAGUUGAAGGGCCUUUGAUCAAAACGUCGAGAAGCUUUGGGCCAUUCCAUUUAAUGUCCACCAACCCCCUAUUGAUGAUUUUUUCUGAAGGGUGACUCCAGAGUCGUUUCUGAGGUGAGAUUUCUGAUGGAUGUUUUGUGUCGGCACUUUGAUCUUUUUUUCUUAGGGGGGGUUAAAAUUUUACUGACUUCAUCCAUAGGUCCUUUGUACCCUUUUAAUAUAGGGCCUGCCAUGCAUGUUUAUAUUCAUCAACCAUUUAUAUUUAAUUAACAGUUUGAUCUGGUGACCCAGUGGCUGUGGGGUGAAUAAGGUCUAUAAAUGGUAUAUUAUAGCUGCAAACAUUAGAACCUAAAUAAAAUCAACCUCAAAUUAUUUAAUAAGUUUUACCCAUCAGCUGGCAAUGUGCUCUAUUUUGGCAUUUUACUCUGGGUACUGCCAGAAAGUGGGUUAAAAACACAACUACUAACUGGGGCACUAACCAUGUCCAUUCCUGAUUGCUAGAUAGUAUACUUCAAAAUAAUGUUUCGUUAUUAUAACGUAGAAAAAACUAUCCUAAUGCAAAAGUGAUGCAAAACUAAACCCUAACCCCAAUACUAACCCUAACUUAUUUUAAAAAAUGAUAUAAAAACAGAAACCUUAUUUUGAAGUAUACUAUCUAGCAACUUCCCCAUGUGCAUUUAUUAACUUUUUGGUUUCCAAAAAUGCAUCAAUGUAGCAUCUCACUCAUUGUCUUUUUACGGACUUAUUUUAGGAGGAGAUUUCUUUAUCGCUACAAGAGCAUGGGCCAUUGAGCUAUUUGGCAGGUUAUGUCAUAAGGUCUUUUGUAUCAAAAAAGUAAGAAUUGUUCCCGGUGGCAGUCCCAAAGAAACAAGGAAAUUCAAGCAUUAAUGUAUUCAAUGCGAACUGCAACAGAGGACAAUGAGUAUAUCUUAUCUUUAUCAAGAGGUGGCCUUUGGUCACCUCAUUCAUGGCGUGUUAGUAUUAUGGAAGUUAGUGAGUUAGUUUUUAGGACGCACACAAAUAAAGACAAGGUCACUCGUCUACCAGUAGACAAAAUAGUGAAUGAAGUUUUGGCUUCUUCCCUUGUGAAAAGCUUGUGGUGCAAUAUUAUUGCAAAUUGUGAUGUGGAAAUCACUAAAGAAUGUCAGUCCCUGUGUUUGGAAAAUAUUGUAAAGUUAUAUGUUACUGUUAGAUGUUUUUCAUUUGCCAAAGAUAUUGUAAAUAAAUAUAAAUCGAGUGAAGGUGUUAAGGGAAAGAAGGCUUUAAGGAAGGACUUGAAGAAAGCUAGUAGUGAACUGAAAUAUUAA